AUGCGUCUUAGCAGUCGAAAUUGCCUAACAUUAGCCAAGUCAGUGGUCGUUGUGCUUUCGAGAGGCUACUGGUUGCCGCGUCUCUGUAGCCAAGAUCCCAUCUUGACAGAACACACAGCAGCAAACCGAGACAUUCAACUGAUGCCUCCACCGGCCAUUUCCAAACGCAGCAUCGGUUUGCAAACUCCUUCAAGAAAAGAAUUUCCUAAUCCCGUGAUCACUACUCUAUCUCCAGGUCGUUCCAUCGACUCCCAACUUAAUCAGAUUUCCAAAGAUCUUGGACUUAACGAGCGGGAAAAUUAG